GUAUCGCGCGAGCGAGAGGAGGUAUCUUCGUCUCGUCACCGGUCACUCGCGAGCGCUCGACGACGUUCCUCCAGCACUCGUAAUACACUCGUAUACAUACGUAGAUACGACACGAGGGAUGUCGCACGGCGCCGCUUCGCGCUCGUAGUAGGUAGACCUUCCUCCCCCCCCCCUGCAAGGAAGGCCCCGGACGGAAGUCGAGACGGAACGUGCGUGGAGUAGCACCCGGAGACCAGGAGGAGGUGGUGGAGUCGCGUUAAUCGGCGUGCCUGACACCCGCCGCACCGUCGCCGCCGGUCGCAACUGCCGUCCGCAGCAGCACCAUGACGAUGAACGUGCCGUACGAGGCGAUCGGCAAGGGCUUCGUCCAGCAGUAUUACGCGAUGUUCGACGACCCGGCGCAACGGCCGAACCUCAUAAACAUGUACAACGCGGAGACGUCCUUCAUGACGUUCGAGGGCUUGCAGAUACAGGGCGCUAUCAAAAUCAUGGAGAAGUUAACUAGCUUAUCCUUUCAAAAAAUAAAUCGGAUAAUAACAGCGAUUGAUUCGCAACCAAUGUUCGAUGGUGGAGUUCUUAUUAAUGUACUAGGAAGGUUGCAGCUUGCGUCUGAUUACAGGCAGACGAGGAUCCACCGCACGCCUUCUCGCAAUGUUUCGUGCUGAAGCCAAUGGGUAAUUCGUACUACUGUCAGCAUGACAUCUUCCGCCUUAGCAUUCACGACAGCGUAUGAGCGAGGAGGAUCAGGCUGACUUUUGCGACGAGCGUGUGUGCAGACACACACACACAGGUUGUCGAGCGACGGACGGAGCCCCCGGAGAUCGCGAUUAAUAAGUGAGCCACCUUAAUCUCAUCGAUAACCCUCUCGUCACAACCACCAAUCCUAUUCCUAUCCCUAUUCUCUUUCUAUAGAUAAUAUUACAAGUUUUAUAUGAAGAAUAUUUCUCCCGCUUAUAUCUUGGCCACGAUAAGAAAAAAAAAAGAGAGAACGAAUCUAGAAACAUCCGAUAUCACACACAGUUUUAAGUAAUUUCGUCGCUUUUUUCCAUACAACAUAUAUAUAUAUAUAUACAUAUACACAUACAAUACACACACACACACAUACACACAUAUUUGUAUAUAUGUUGUCUGAAAAGACAUUUACAUUUUUUAGUUGUAACUAGCACAUUACACACGUAGAUGUCUCAUUGAUCGAGAGAUCGUUUGAUUUCGACGGCAGAUAAUAUCUUUGCAUUACUACGCUUUGAAAUGUAUUGUAACAUAUUUUACAUUUUAAAAUGCUGUGUAUUUUUGUAAUACGAAAAUGUUGGCCAUUAAAUACAAGAAUUAAUACGGA